AUAUCAGAAGUUACGUCAUCUACAGUUUGAGACCCUGUUUGAGCUAUGAAGCGAUUUCCUGACGAUGUGGAGCUUUCGAGCGAUCGUUCGAGAGCACCGAGAAGCUGCUGUUGUUGCCUGUCGACCACCGCGACUGCUAUAAUUGCAGUUCUGUAUGCGGUCGGCAGUGUGACAGUCGGAGGAGUUUGUACAGUUGUGUUGACGGUCAAAAGUGUUCGUGAACAUGUGACCAAAGUGGCAUACGAGGCUGUGAUGCAAUACGUUCGUGCACAGCAGCAUGAAGGUUACAGCGAGUCGUAUUCGACAAGGCUUCAGGAAAUGACUUGUGAAGAGUUUGGUGAAGUCGUGUCGCUCUGGAUCAAGGUCUACUUGGGGCUUGCCAUAUUUGUGUUUCUGUUCAGUUUGAUGGUGUUCUAUGGCAUCAUUGCACGCAAACCGGGCUAUCUGAUGCCAUUGUAUGUUUGGAUUUUUGUUAAAGUAAUUCUCUCUGUUGUGGGAUUUUGUUUCUAUCCGGUCGAUGCUUAUCCAAUGUGGGUUCUCAUUGCUGCCACUUUGGUUCUGGUCAUCAAGAUCUAUUUCCUAGUGUGCAUUUGGAAUGCUUACAAGCAGUUGAAGUUUCAAGGCUAUGAAGAGCAAGGAUACCAACAGGUUUACUUGCCCAACUAUGAUCAAGCAAUGAUGAGUAAGGAGCAGCUGCCGCCAGCUUACAGUCCUUGAUCCCCCCCAAGUGAAGGUGGAAGUGUUGAAUGAACUGAUUUUGGUUACUUCUUUCUCUGUGUAGAAAGCGAAAUUCGCUAUUAGCGGUGCAUGUUAUGCGUUAUGUAACUUAGGUUUUUCGUGGUUAUUUCUGUCUUGAGUGGAUAGCAGUAGGAGUGUACUGUAGACAGUUUUCAUGAUUUCAAUGUGGUAAGUUACCGUUUUA